CGGUAGUGAAGUUUGUGCAUAUAUGCCAAAUGUACUGUCCCCAGAAAAGGCGAUCUUUGAUUUUACUUUUCUUCAAAUUCUUUGAAAAAAGUACAUUUUUAUGUUUGAUUCAAUGACAUCUUUUCACUUUUUAUCUCUGCGUGAACGUUUCUUUGUUGACUUCGAAGUUUUAGUUUUCAACGCAAGGCCUUCUGGGUAGUGUGUUUUGCUGAUCAUGUGCCACGCAUAUGAUAUAAAUUUCUCCACGAAAACAAACGAAAAAUGUCGAUAAAAGAGCUAAAAAUAGGAUAAAAUUAAAAUGGCGAGCUGUAUGAAAGGAUGCUGGGGCAUUUUUAGUGAAGAAUUUCGAAAGUUACGUCGGCCAGCUCAUAUUAGAGGAAGGUAAGCUUAGAAAAAUAGUUUGUUGCAAGAGUGUAAGCUUGUUAAGCUUAUUAAAAUAUAUUGAAACUUCGAUUCGUCCAGUGUUUUUUGAAAAACGUAUCAUUCCUUAAUACCAGACGUUUUUAUUAAUUGUCACAGAACUUACAGACGUGCAAGAUAUAGCGAAAAGGAACUUAGUAUCGAGGUACUUAAAAAUUUUCCUUUUUUAAUAUUUCAAGCAAGCUUAUGUCACCAGUUUUUGGAGCCCACCAAGUUUUGACAUCCUAAGACCUUUGCGAACUUUAACAGUGAAAAGACAUGCAAACUAUUUACGUGUUAGGGUAAUUUGCUCCUACUAGGGUUAGAGAGAAUUUUCAGAUCAGGAUCAGCAAAUCGGCUGUUUUAUGGUGGUAGCCUGAGACAAUAGCUGACAUUUUGUGACGGCACCAAUGGUUUCCCUGUGAAAUGACAUCUGAGGAAAGACUGUGGAAAUUAAUUGAAACUAAUGACAUUACAUGGACUGGGUAGUGCUUCUGAUUGGUUGAAGCAACACAACCAAUCAGAAGCACUAACUAGAUCUGGGUCGUGAUAGGUGUACAGUAUGAAUUUCUGCAGUCAUUCCUUAUAUGUCAUUUUGAGUGGAAAUCAGCGGGGUGAUGAAAAAGUGGAUUAUUUUCUCAGGCUAAUGUGGCCAGCUAGAGUGUAGACUUCCUGGCCACCAUGAUUACAAAUUAUUCCAUGCAGCCAAACCUGAAUCUAAAUCGCAAUCUGUAAGAUGAAUUUACAUGAAACCUUUGAUUGACAAAGAAGUCAACAGAUUGCUGAAAAUUAUUUUGGUUACUCUAAAUAUAGUACUUGUUACAAUGCUUUAAGAAUUUGUGUUUGUGCAAUCAGCUUCUUUUAUUAUUAUUAUGCUGAGAUUGUAUUUUGCUUCCUUUUCAGUUUGAAAACUUGAUAGAUGAGGUAAUAUUUCUUUAUUAGCAUGUUAAUUUGAGUAUUUUUUUGUUUUAGCUUAAUCCUAGAGGGAAAAAUCAAGUAUUCAACCAAAGGAUUUUCAUUGGGAGGGUAUUUGAAAAUCAUGGGAAUAUUGCUGGAAACAAAAAAUCACAAACAAAGGAAUCGUCGCUUAAGCUCUAUUUAUUCACAACCCUUUGGAAUGUUUGGAGUUUUAAGCAGACAAGACUUUCUUGCUCGGUUUGUAAUUUCCUUGUCAAGUGAUUCGGGUGUUUUAUAAUUUUUCAUUUCCUCGGGGUGUACUAUUUGUGCUAUGAUCGUGUUUGUUAGCUGUUUUUCAGCGCGUCAGAAUGUGUGCACUAUAUUAUACAGCUAUAUGUAUCGCUAUAUGUAGCGCUAUAUUAAUAUCUUUAUCUUUAUAUGAAUUCAAGGCUGUGCUCUAAAAAAAAUUGAAGGGAGCCCAGUGCUCUGAACUUGCGAAAUACAGUGUGCCCAGCAUAUGAUUUCUACAAAAAAGCUAAGAUUUUCUUGUAACGCGAGAACAAAAGUUAGGCAGCCCAGGCCACCAGGCUCUGCUAGAGCAUAGCCUUGGAAUUAAUAAUUGAAAACUUAUCACUUUUAAUUUAUUUUGUAGGAGGACUUCAAUCCUCGCCCCAGGUAAGUUUGUUGGUCCAUCCAUCCAUCCCUCUCACCCUCCCUUCUUUCCUUCCUCCCUCCUUCCCUCUGUCUGUUCGUCCCUCUGUCCGUCUGUCCAUCCCUCUGUUUGUCUAUUCAUUCAUGACUAUUUUGACUCCAAAGAAACGCCAGGCAGUGUGCAAAGAAAGUAAUGUCCGAUAGCCCGAGGCUAGUGGAUUUUGUCAUCGGGCAGGUGAAUUCUCUUUUUUAACUUGCCCGACGGGCAAGUGAUGUUUUUUGAGGAAUUUGAAUAACAGAAGAACUAUGAAAUCAAUUCUGCUUGUCAAAAAGCUUUUGGGGCUAGUUAAAAUGACAUCUGGGUUAUUAAAUGCUAGCUUCAGCUUGCCCGAAUGGCAAGCCAUAAAAAUGAUUUUGUUUGCACCCUGCCAGGGCACUCUUAGCUUGCUUACCAUUUUCCAGAUUUGGCUGGCCAGACCAGUCCAGUCCUAGGAGAACUCCACUAUUAACUAGUAGGACUAACCAGCCAGAUCAGUUUAUUCUUAAUUAGUAUGCACAGCAGUAAUGGAACUUAGUUAAAAUAUGGAGAAAGUACUACAGUUGAACCUCUCCACAAUGGCUUCCGUGGGGACAGAAGAAAGUGGCCGUUAUAAGAAAUACCAUUGUAGAGAUAGGUUUAAACAAGAGUCAAUGUAUGGACUGUCCACCUAGACAAAAAUUAAACAAUGGCUUUUGUAGAGAGGUGGCCAUUGUGGCGAGAUGGCCAUUAGUUGAGGUUUGAUUGUAAUAAAUAUUCCCUUUUCAAAAUAAUCAGUCUGGCCACCGGCCAUCUCUGAUGUUUGGAAAGCGUUCUUCAGUAUGUUCUUGAAAAGGUAAUUCACAGUGUAGGUCUUCAUUGCUCAUUUUUAAUUUUUUUUUAUUCCAGACGAAUUUUAACUGAAACUGAAACAGAGCUUAUCAGUCAAAAGAGAUUUAAUGACCUGGUUCAACAGCAGAAGAAGUUAGAUGCUGAAAUCGACGCACAGUUAUCCCGGCAAGAGGAUGAUUUACGACUUGAGGAGGAGGUAUGAUCUAAAAAGACAUUUGUUAGUUAUUUUCAACUGGCAAAAUAAAAUUGUUAUUGCAGCAAAUAAACAACAACAAACCUGCCUUUUAACUGACAGCACAAAACCAUUUUGGGGCCGGGUUGUUCAAAGCUGGGUUAAGAUAACCCAGGGUUAGUGCAAGAUUUGAAUUCAAAUAUGAGAGCCAAAAAAGGUAUUUCAAUUUUCAUUCUUUUUGUCUUCAAGUUGAUUAUUGGAAACUCUAAAAAUAAGAGAGAAAAUUAUCUGGGAAAAUGGCUUUGAACACAAGAAAAAGAAAACCAGGUCAAUUUAACCCCAGGUUAAGCGCUAAUCGGCCUUUGAACAACUGGUCCCAGUUAAUUAGACUCGGAUUACAUGUUCUUCUGUGAUUGGUUGGUUUCUGACAGCUGUUAUUGGCCCCUUUUUAUCUUGCUGUUUUGUUCUUCACCUGAUGACGACCGGCAGUAAGCAGUUGAAACAUAUUGAUCUAAUUCACAAGUGACUUCACCAUGUCACUCAUGAGACAAAUGAUAAUACAGUCAGCUCUUUCUAAGAUGUAUGCCUUUUUUAAUUUUUUUUUUACUUGUCAUCUGAUUGCGCUUGUUUUGACCAUCUAUCACGUGAAACAGCAUUCGAGCGGAGCAAGAGCAUUUUGACCGUCGAUCAUUGUUAGCUGCAGUCUCUUACCUUUGGUUAUUACUAGUAUACUAUUAUGCUUUUAGCAGUAACAUUAAACUUACAGGUUGUCCAUUUCCUUUGUUAAAUAAAUACAACUAGUUGAACCUCCACUAAUGGCCACCUCUCUACAUCAGCCAUUUUUUUUUGUCCCAAAGGGCAGUCCAUACAUUGACUCCAAAUAAAAACCUUAAUUUGUUUUCUAAAAUGUCCACUUCUCUAUAACAGCAAUGGCCAUUAAAGUUCAUCCUCAUUGAAAAAGUCAAGAAUGGCCACAAAACUUGAACUGAUUUAAAACAUUAAAUUUUAUUGUGUAAUUUCAUGUAGUAUAUGAAUUACCAUCGGAGGCUACUAUAAGCAUGGACUUGGCACUCUAAACAUGCUGUUGCCCCCCCCCCACCCCUCCCCAAAAAAGAAGGUGUCAUAUUACACCCCUACCUCCCCAUAAUGCCAGGCCAUCUCUCCAUAAAGGUAGGUUGUCCUAAAGGUAGCAGUUGUGGAGAGGUUCAACUGAAUUAAAUUUGUUUGUGCUAUUUUGUUGAAGGCCUACUAUGAAGCAAAGAGAGAGGCUGCACGAGUGGCGAAGCAAGCCAGGCAGAUGGAGGUACAUACCCUCAUUUAAAAAUGCAGUGUUUGCAUGUACUGUCCCCAGAGAAAGUGAUCUUUGAUUUUAGUUUUCUUCAAAUUUUUUUAGAAAAAGUAGCAUUAAUUUUAAAUAUUUUUUUUUCAAAUUACUAUAGGAAAUGAAAGCUGCCAAAGAAAAGGAGAACAGAACUCGUAGGGGCUUCCUGGAUGAUUCAUCCUUGUCUUGUUUGUUAUCAGAUGAUACUGUUAGUGUAGACAGGUAAGUAAAAUUUUCUUAUUUGCCAUCAGUAUUAACCCACUGAUCAUGUAAUAUUGCAUUUUUACACCAAUGAAAUACCAGGUGAGCUUGUGCAUGAAAACAUGAUAUCUUUACACAUAAAAAUAACAUUUAUCUUCACAUUUGAAAAGAUCACUGUCGCAAGGACUGCAUAAUAAAAAUUAAUGACAUGUUUUACAGAAAAAUAUUACAAAUGUGAGAUGGUUUGGUAUGUCAUUAAUUAGUGUUUAUACAAUUAAUAUAACAUUACAUGGCCACUUGGAGAUACCAAAUUUGUCUUCUCAUGUUAAGAGUAUUUCACUUGUUCACAGUACUCACUUGAAUGAAAUAUGUUUCAUCACUUGAAAGAAAUUUUAGCGGUGUAGAAUGGUUCCUCAAAAAACAUGGGUCUCAGAAAAUUUUGGCCCAACCUCAACAUCUCGGAAGCAUUUGUGGAGGGUCUCAAAGUCUCGUUUUCAGGUGAUUUUGCAUCUCAGAGGCUCAAUUUUUUCUUAAGUAUCAGUCUUGAAUUGCAGUCUCACAAAGUCUCGAAUUUACCAUUUCAUACCUCCACUUUUGUACCUCCAUGUGGCCAUUUAGUAUCCUCUAUGUAUCUCACUGGACUUUAAAUUUUCUACUUUGUUUUAGUACUGAGCUGGAUGUUGAGGAUUUUGAUGCAUUCCUGGAAAAAGUAAAAGCAAGAUCUCUUGGAAAUAGUCCCUUUGCAUGUAAGUUUAGACUUGCAUUAAGGAACCUUUGAAAACUGUAUUUUGCAUGGUUCAUACAACAGCAGACAAACAAAUUUUAAGGACUUCUGAGGGACAAAAUUACAGUUUUCAAGGACCAAGAUUGAUUCAAUAAAUUGGCAUUCUUUAACCCCCUUUUGAACACCUUAUUGGGUAAAAUGCUGUCACUUUUUGAAACAACACUUUACAAAAUGACAACAGUCAUUAAGCAUGACUUGCAGCUACAUCUGAGGUACAGAAGAAGCAUUUGAAAUGUUAAAAGAAACAGAAAUAAGAUACUGUUCAUGCAUGAAAAUGUUUUUGCAAAUACCUGUGAGUUUUACAAGUUCUUUCACCAAGGAUGAGCCAAAUUUUCCUGUCAGUGAAAUAAUCUAAUUUUAUAGAAAGUGGUGUGGUGUAAACAAGCUUGUAAUGAAUUUCAAAGACUUUUCAAGACCUAAUAAAGAAAUCAAGUCCUUUUAAAAGACCUUAACUGAAUUCAAGGACUUUUCAAGAGGACUACUAAACUUUGCGACCUUUUCAAGAUCGUGCAAACCAAGUUGUUUUGGCUUCAGAAUGAAAAUCCAGUAUUAAUUGCAAUGUAAACUUUUAAUAGUGACCAACUGGGUUCUAUGCCAUCUUCACUUAGUAGGUAUAAUAGUUCUCCCUUGAUUUGUUUUGGCAAGAUAAGUGACCAGAAAAUAGCUAGAAUUGCUCCAAGUUUGUUUCUUUGUCAAAUUUCUAGGGCCAUUAGUACGGAUCUCAUGAUCAGACAGUUACAUAACCUUAAGCUAUUGGACUUGUCUCUUCUUCCUUUCUCAUCCAGAACCGAAACUGCAGUUAAAAAAGACCUUAAUUAGGAUCAGUAUAAGAGUUAGACAAAAUUCUCACUCACCCCUCCUCCAACUCAACAUUAAUACUAACUUCUUACCUAGGGGAAAAUGUUAGAUUGAGGGAGGGGUGGGUGGGCAGAUCCAAAAUUCACCUAAUACUCACAUAUUCAUUGCAAUAAUUGUUUUUUUUUUUUUUAUUGACAGCACCCACUGCAACAGUGCCAAACGGAACAGCUCCAUGGGAAGAUGCAUUAGCACAGGGGAUGGAAGCUACAAAGAUAGCAGGAAAAUCACUAGAUGCACUACAGGGAUUUUCAUCCUCUGUUGACCUCGUAGCUGUCAGCGAGAGAUAGUAUAAAAGCUUAUCUAUUUAGAAGCAAUUUAAUAUAAGCUAAUAUAGUGGUGAUUCAACUGAGUGGAGUGCAGUUUGGUCCAAAAUCAUGCGUUAUUUGAAGAUUGGACGAGGGUGUAGCAUGAGUUAGAUUUGAAAUCACAAGUAUGAUUUCAGACCAGAAUUGCACGAGACGAAGUUCGAAUACCACUUUAGUACAGCCAUUUUUAAAUCACUAAAUUCAGUCAGUACAAAAAAUCGAAAUUGGGAUUGGAAACUCUUUUCCAUCUCAUUUUUAUGUGGAACAAAAAAUAGUGUAAUUCAUGAAUAAAUCACACUGAUGGAAGCGAAUCAGAUUGUGAGGAUCACUUGUGAUUUCAAUACUAAAUUUCGUGAUUUUGGUGAGAAACAUCGUGGAGUUUUAUUUUUGUGAUUUAAAUAGGAAAAUAUGAAAGAGGGGCAAUAAAUUUUGCAAUGGUUUUUGUUUGCGGGUCUUUAAUUUCACUAUGUUUACAAUUAAGAACAACACGAAAUUAAAGACCUGCAAAAUUUUAAAAUUUUCAAAGUACCAAAUUAACAAUAAGGUAAAUAAUAAUGCCAUAGUUCUAGACCUCUUUCAUAUUUUAAUUUCGUUGUCUAAAUACUGGGGCAAGGUGAUCCUUUGAGCAGUACAAAUGCUUUAUAUAAUUUCCCGAAGAACAAAAGACAGUUUUCGCUUUGCAGAACGUGAUGCUAAUAAUUCUGAAGAAGAAUGUUACUGACCUUGUGAGGUCAGUAGGAUGGUUUUUUGUUGUUUUUAUUUAUAC